AAUGUAAUAUAAUAAAUAAAUUAUAGUAUUUUGCUAGGCAUUAGAUACCAAAAAAAGAAGAAACAAUCCUGUCCUCAAGGAGUUUACAUUCUUAAGAAGCAGAUAAAAAGUAUAUAUCUGAGAAAAUUGCAAGCUAGGUAUGGUACUGUCUCCAGAUUUUCCGGGUCUCUGCCUCUGUCUCCCUGUCUCUCCCUCUCCCUCUCUCCCUUCCUCCCCCAACCCCUCUUCUUGCUGGCCUAGGUCUGCCUUCCUCACUCUGCUUGCACCUAGACCAAAUGGCUUCUUCCUGUUUUCAGCUUCUUUUUGAUUAUUUUCUUACCUCAUUAGAUUGUAAACUCCUUAAGGCCAGAGACUGUCUUUUUCUUAGCACUUUAGCACAGUGCUUUCUGAAGACAAUGUUUCCUCUAUGAUAUAACUUGGCCUUAGUCUUUGAAGCAAAUCUUUUGGGUUGGCUGUUUUAGAGGACAUGGCAUCUAAGGAUAAUGGGAAGAGUGGAAUCACCUAGAAGUCUUUAAUCAAUCAACAGCAUGGAAGAGCGCCAGAAUCUAGUCUUUCGAGAGAUGGUCAAUUAUGAGCCAACUCCCUUGCCAGUUAGAAACUAUGACAAGAACACCAGUGAACCUGUCAGUUUUUACCUUUCUUCACUGGAGGAGCUUCUGGCAUGGAUCCCAAAUAGUGAUGAUGCCUUUAACAUUGCUAUGAUCCCCCUAGCAGCUCGACAACCCUCACUUCAGAGUGAGAGGCCUCGUACUCUAUUGUGCCAUGACAUGAUGGGUGGUUACUUAGAUGACAGGUUUAUUCAAGGCUCAAUGAAAGAGACUCCCUACACCUUCUACCACUGGCAAUUCAUUGACAUCUUUGUGUACUUCAGCCAUCACACAGUCACCAUCCCUCCAGUGGGCUGGACCAAUGCUGCCCAUAAGCAUGGGGUCUGUGUGCUGGGGACCUUAAUCACAGAGUGGACAGAAGGUGGGAGGCUCUGUGAGAAAUUCUUAUCUGGAAACCCAUCCUCUUACCAGAAAGUGGCAGAUCAGCUAGUCCGAAUUGCCCAGUUUUUUCACUUUGAUGGCUGGCUGAUUAACAUAGAGAACCAGCUGAGCAUGGCUGCAGUGAAGAACACUCCUUCCUUCCUGCGCUAUCUGACUGAUCAGUUGCACCAAUAUAUACCAGAUGGAUUAGUGAUUUGGUAUGACAGUGUGGUGAAGGAUGGCCAGCUGAAGUGGCAAAAUGAAUUGAAUGAAAGUAAUAGGAUAUUCUUUGAUUCCUGUGAUGGUCUCUUUACCAAUUACAACUGGAAGGAGGCACACUUGGAACGUAUGGCAUCAGUUGAGAAGCGCAAGGCAGAUGUGUAUGUAGGAGUGGACAUAUUUGCCCGGGGAAAUGUCGUGGGAGGUGGAUUUGACACAAACAAGUCACUAGAGCUGAUCCGGAAGCAUGGGUUCUCAGCUGCUCUCUUUGCUCCUGGCUGGGUGUAUGAGUGCUUGGAUAAUAAGGAUUUCUUCCAGAACCAGGACAGGUUCUGGAGUUUGCUCGAGAAGUACCUGCCCACUCACAGCAUUUGUUCCCUACCCUUUGUCACCUCAUUCUGUCUGGGCAUGGGAAUACGGAGACUCUCCUAUGGACAGGAGGAGACACUGGGACCCUGGUACCAUUUGAGUGCUCAGGAAAUCCAGCCCAUCUUUGGCGAUCAUAUACAAGAAAAUGGGUCUGGUUGGUUGAGGAUUCACAGCUGCUUGAUGGAUGCCUGGAAUGGAGGAAGCUCCCUGCUUGUUCGUGGGAUGAUUCCUGUCACUACUGGGAAAGUGACUAUGAGGCUUUUUUCUCUGCAGGUCCUAGCACCACCAAAGCUUUUUCUGUCCUUAACAUAUAAACUAGAAGGGCGUACAGAUAUUGCUGUUGCAUUGGAGCUCUCUACCUUAGAUGUUGGAAGAUGUAACAUUGGAGACAUCUCAUCUUUACAUGCAGAGCCAAGUAUUAGGCACACUCCCAGACCUCUCCAGGAGCCCCCAGCCAAGCUGCUUGGGUGGGUUGAUAGAUGCAACCAACAGUUCAACGGGGGCUGGAUCCGUCGCUGCUAUGAAGUGAAUCUUCAGAACUGCUUCUUGCAAGAUAUCUUUGUAAAUUUCUCACGCCCCUUAGGCAGUCAGAAGGAUGAAAACUUUACUUGUCGCCUUGGAGAAAUCCAGGUAGUGGAUGCAGACAGCCUAAUGACACCUUUGCCCCAGGUUCGGGACAUUACUGCCUCCCACACCUGUUGGCAGCAAAUCCACUCAGAGAGAAACAGAUUCAAAACUAAGCUCCUUCUCAGCUGCACUCUUCGCUGGUCCUACCCAAUAUCCCAAGCCUGUUGCUUCCGUGUCUACCAUUUGGGAGGGAGUUGUUCUCGUAGACAGGAGCUGCUGAAGUCAGAAGAGCCCACGUUCUUGGGUCUGGCCCAUGCCAGUAUGUACCGUGUGGUGAACCUGGUAGUAGAAGAAGCCCCAGCUGGCCAGGAGUGCUUUGUGGACUUCCUGAUACAGCCAGUCCCCAAGGAAGGCUUCUUGGUUCCUCAGGCAGAGUGGGGCAGUUUGACCCUGCUGUACUCUAAACCCAAUGCCUAAGCAUUAAAGCAGAACUCUCUUAUUGACUCCAUAUUUCUUUCCUUAUUGUCUUCGUCCCAGACUGGGUCUCCCUAGCUUGAUUCAAGGAUAUAAGAGGGACCUGGGGCUUCUGUGUGGGGGCCUUUGUACGCUUCAGUAGCUGCGUUGAACUGAGGCACUGGAAACUGCUUCUGUUUGUGGGUUUUUUCAUCAACUCCUUGAAGCUAAAUGUUUUUUUUUUCCUGGGGUGAUUUGAAAACCAUAUUUUAUUGCCAUCCUUCCAUUUAUGCUGAAAAGUUUCAAAGUUCAAUAGUUACAGGAACUAGAAAUACUUAGUUAAGGGAAAGUAAGAGGAAGAUUGAGUCUUCAUCCUUAUAUUGAAGGUGGUGGCCAUUUUUCUUGACUGUAAUCUGAAUAACUGAGAAAAUGAGUUCAGGUCACAGCUGGAAGUGUAAGAGGCCUAAGGUCUGACAUGAGAUGCUACAGCAGAGCUUUCUCUGUGAGGUGAGUGCUCCAGGCCUGGUAAUUUAUGAAGGCUUCAUGCCAAGGAAAGUCUUGACUUCACUGUGGAAACUGUGGCCAAUGCCCAUUGUUUCAGUAGCUGUAUGACUGAUGAGGAAGGUGUAGCAGUUUUCCUUAAUCCCUGUCAACCUUUUUCCAUAGGAGUCCAUGGAUUAAGAUUUUAGGCUGGCCUAGCAGAGAAACAGCCCUAGAUCUUUUCUAGCCUUGUGUCUUGAUCAAGGUGUUAUUUGAUAUGGCAUAGAAGUAGGACUUGAAAGACUCCAAAAGUUUUUUUAAACACGUUUUUUCAAUUGGACUUUGGGAUGAGGUUUUCUGUCUCUCUUGACCCUACCUCUACUCUAACUAGAAGCUACUGGGUUCAAGGAGAUGAGAAGCCAGCCAGGCCAAUCAUAGCCUUUUCUACCUCAUAGCAUCGGAGCUUGUCCCUGAUCUGGCCUGAUAACCUUUUGCCAUUCAGCAGAAACACUCAAGAUAGAUCCAUUUCACUACAUUUUUCUACAGUUCUUUCCCCCUUUGAAAAUUUUAGUCUGUACUGAACUUUCUUCAUUUACUACAUUUCUUCUCAUCUCUCACCUCCUUGCCUCUUGUUCUUCAUUUUGUUUUUUGUCUUGGAUGAAUCAGUUGUGUAGCCAGGUAUCACUGAGGAGCACCCAACACGUUUGUUGGUUGUGCUUUUCCAGCUUGUCUCCAGAGAUUCUUCUUUCUUCAUCUUUCAUUUUCUUUUUUCCCCCUGUACAUGCCUAAGGCUUAUCAUUGAGCAGUCAGUUACAGGCACUCCUCACUCUUGGCGCUUCUGAGGUUGCUGACCCCUGGGUAAAUGAGUGACUCCCUGCCUUAGGGCUGUUAAUCCUGUUGCCUUGGCUACAUUUUGAUCAUUUCUCUUAGUCUGUCCUCUGUGAAUCUGUGGACUUCGAACCACCAGGUGGCAGCACAGGUCUCCUGGCUUUCUGGCCUUUGGAAUUUGGGAGAUCCUUGGAGAAUUGACAGAGUUUAACAAAGAUGUAGAAUACCUGAGAUUUCUUUGUGUGAUAGUGGGAAGAUGGUGCUUUGUUCUUCCUAGUGCUCUGCUUUCUUUUUCUAACAGAGAAGUAAUUUUUAACCUAGUCUCUAAAUUGCAAAACAAACAAAACCCAGCUUUGAUCAGAGUAUUUCAAUGUAAUUGAUCUCUUUUGGAAUCCUUUAUAGUUUAUGUUUUGCAUUUAAAAACAUUAUUUUGAAAAGGGGUCCUUAGGUGUCCUCAGAUACUGCCACUAUCACGAGUGCCCUGAUCCAAAAGAGAACCUCUGUUUUGAGAAGAGAAGUAACUCUUACUCCCUUUAUCUCAGAAUUCUACAGUUCUAGUUCUACUAGUUAGUUGCUAUGCAGUUACCAAUUUGACUUUUGAAUGAUAGGUGCACUCAAUUCCCCAAAAUAUACAUUUCUGGAGUCUUACAAAUCUUAUCAAAGUUUUAAGUUGAAAAAGUAAGGAGGAAAUAGAAAACUCUUAAAUAUACCAUAAAAAGUCGUAACAAUAAUGCAAAAGAAGAAGAUAGCCAAAAGUUUAUAGUUGACAAAAUCCAAGACAGGACAUUAAAAUACCAGGAGAAAAUAUGUUUUCUGAGCUGUUACAGAUUUGAUGGAAUGAGACUAAUGCUUGAAAUAUGUCUUUGGAAGGGUGUGCCUUCCAAAAAAACGGGAUCCUUUUUUUUUUUUGGUUUUAGAUGUAUGGGUAGGGUGGAAUGGCUGUGUGUGUUGAAUAAAAUUGUUUUUUUAAGAAGAUAUACUCAUUAUGAGGCAAUCUUAGAUUUGAAGAGCCAUGGGGGUGGAAAAAGAAGCCAUUUUAUCAUUGGAGGCCAGCUUGACAGAAAGAUGAAAUAUGAGAGGUUUGGGCUACAGAUAAGCCUUGCAAGUUGGUUUGAUUUAGUAGUAAUAGAAUUCUGGAGAGCUAUGGGAGCUCUUAUUCCAGUAUAGGAGCUAACAUUUUGUUGCCUUUAAUGAUAAUUUUAAUUUCCAUAAAGUGGAGGAACUAACACAGGGUAAUUUUUAUUUUGGAUCUGAUUUUUACCAAUAAGGAGAAACCCAGUCCAUAAGUAAUCAUACCAUCUUGAGUUUUAUCAUAUAGGAGAGGAAAACUCAAAAUGAUCUUAUGUGCAAAUUUUCAAAAGGUUCAGAAAAAAACAGGAUUUCAUAGAUUAAAAUUCUUCAGGAAAAAUCAUUCAGGAAGAAGUUCUCAAGAAUGAAUUCUCAAGACAAAAAGAAAAACAAUCUGAUAAGGAAAGCUAAGGAACAGGCUGAAUCUGAUGGGGGAAAGGCAAUAAAAAAGGGCUUAAGGGGGAAGCUGGGUGGAUUGAGAGCCAGGCCUAGAGAAAGGAGAUCCUAUGUUCAAAUUUGGCCUCACACUUCCUAGCUGUGUGACCUUGGGCAAAUCACUUAACUCCCAUUGCCUAGACCUUACCAUUUUUGGGUCUUGGAACCAAUACACAAAAUUAGUUCUAAGAGGGAAAGUAAGGGUUUAAAGAAAAAAGAUUUAAAAUUUUAUAAAGAUGGAGAAGGGAUAGAAUCCCUCUUGGGUACACUAUAGUGUGAUGAAAACUGACAACAAAAAUAGUAAAGCUGCUCAGCAUCCAUUUUGCUUGUUUUCUUUACCAAGGAAAAUGAUAUCUGGACUGGAAGGUAUAGAAUAAGAAUGGCUAGUGGGGAGAUGAUACCCAAGAGAAGUAAGGAGAUAUUGAAAGCACCUGGCUGUCCUUAAUAAGCUGUAGUCACUAGGCUGAGAUAAACUGUCUUCUGGUAAUGAAAGAACUGGUGGAUGUGAUUACUGAGCCUUUCUCAGCAUCCUUUGAAAGGCUUUAGAUAAUAGGAGAAUAAAGAAGGGCAAACGACCUGCUUUCUAAAAAAGAGCAUAAGAGCAUAGAUCCAGAGCAGGAAGGACUCUUAGAGACCUUAUUUUAUAUGUGAGGAAGGAAAGGAAAUGGAGCCAUUGUACAAGUGGUAUGUGGUACAAGUUUAGUAGAUUUGAAACUGAAUGAACAACUAGACUUAAAUGGUUUGAUGUCAUCUUGGAAGGUCUUUAAUGGAGUGUCUCAGGGAUCUUUGCCUGGCCUUGUGCUGUUUAAUGAUUUUUGUUAAUGAUUUGGAUAAAAGCAGAUGGUAUGCUUGUCAGGCUUGCAGAUGGCACAAAGCAGGGAGGGACAGCUAGCAGAAUGAGGAUCCAGAAAGAUCCCAACAGGUUAGGACAUUGGACAAAACUUAAAAAGAUGAAAUUGAAUAUUGGGGGACUGAGAUUUUCAGGCUAGAAUUCAGUACCAAAGCACACAGGCUUCGUUUCUGACAGUUAUGCUUAAUAAAGGCAGAAAUAAGGACAAGGUGGCUGCCUUCUCAUCCUGCCUUUCCUUCUGGCUGAAGUUCAUUUACAACUAAGCCAGAGAGGCUUUUUGGAGUGUUUCAGAUUGUUAUCUGUAACUGAAGGCUUGGAUCCCCAGCCAGUGAGUUGGAGUGGAAAGGAAAGACCUAAUCUCAGCCUAGGGGCACACUUCCUGGCUUUGUUAGCUCUGUGGUGACUACUACAAGGAGAGGUGUUAGCCACUAGGGAGCAAAGCUGAGGUGCCUGAGCUGACCCAGAAGAUAAAAACACAACAGCAAACAUUUAGUAGAGCCAUUCUACCCAGUCUGACCAGAAUUAGUGAGAGCAGGAUGUUAACUUCACAUCAUUGGAGGUGUGAAUUGCCCCUCAUGUGUGAUCCCUGUACAUGUUUACUCUCCCUACUGGUGGUGUAUAUAUUUGUAGAGGAAUAUGCUCUAUAUUUGAUCUUGUAUUGCAUAUCUUAUUACUAUGAUAUUUCAAUAAAUGUCUUUGCUUUAAACU